AUGGAUCCCUUUGGCAUUACUGUUGGCUGCGUCGCCCUGAUUGGCGCCACCUCUCGUACCAAUGUCAGGAUUUCUGAGUUCGUUGACGUUUUUCAGAUUGAGCUUCCUGAGCUGAACAAAAUACGCAAGAACCUCAAGCACAUGAAGCAUAUUUCGGAGCUCCUGAUGCUUGACUUUGCAGAAGACCCUCUUAGUGCCAGCAGCAGCACAUUCCGCCACCAUAGCGAGGAUGACACGGCUUAUGACCCCAUCAAGGAUCAGAUCAACAACUGCCUCGACGUCCUUGACGUUGUCGAGUUCGUCCUCAAGGCUUAUCUGAAUGGCACUCUCAACUGGGCCUUGACUGGCAAGGUUGCCAUCAAAGUCUUGAACAACGUGGUCAAAGAUGUCAUUACCGCUCUGCAGCUGACUGUCAAUACUCAAUACUGGUCCAACCUUUCGGAGAUUAAGAGAAAACAGGAGAAGAUCCGCACUCAGUUGGAUGAGCUCUGGCAGUUCCUGCGCAACAGCGAUAAGUAUGUUCCGCCCAAAGACUUCGGCCCCUCUGAGCUCGUCGCUCUCUGCUUCGAAAAUGGCAGGCGUCUUGAUGAAAGGUAUGGCGUCGACGUCGUCGGCCUCGAAAGGAUGUUCAGGAUGGCGGACGGAACCUCAACGCACUCUCGUUCCUCCAGCUGCAGCUCGAGCAACGACGAUGUCCUCUCUUAUGCCUGGAGCAAUGACUACUGCCCAUAUACUCCUGAGAUGACUCAAUGGCUCAUGUCAAUCGCCUUUCCCGACACCCAUGACCAGAAGAUUAACGUGCCUACUGUCAUCGACUAUUCGGUUUUGCCAUCAUACAAUCAUUCUAUCGCUCCAAUGCCGCGGUCAUCGAAGUACACACAAAUAGGGAGGGAAAAGUCUGCUGAGGAGAUUAGGAAGAACUUCAAGGAGAUGAUUUGGGCUUCAGCGAUCAAGCGUGCUAAAAGGUCGAACCCUGUCGCAGAGCAGUUCAAGGAAAUGGUCAGGAUGAAGGCAGGCAUGAUCUGA